AAUGGUUCCUGGUUGUUCAAGUCAUCAUGACGCUGGUUCUCAUCGUCAACUGUCUGACGUCAUUGAUACUGGUUCUCGGCCGAUUGGGGAAAGGUCUUGUGUACACGAAAUUUUUCUCCCAGUUUUUAACGUCAAUGGGAAUGUUCACGUCAGGUGUGAUGACGUCAUUAUGUGUUACUUUAUUCGGGAUAAAGUCGGACGUUGACAGACAGUGGUUUCCACGGCCUGACCAAAACUACCUCUCCUGGUCAUUCGGUCUCGUUGUAGUGUCAGGAUUUUUUGAAAUUUUUGCGGGGAUGUGCCUUCUGUUCGACAGUUUAAGGAUCAAGUGGGACAUGGAGAAGAAAGAGGUUGCGGAGCCGUACAAACAAUAUAAAAUGAAGCCGGUGCCGCCGCAAUACGCUUGAUCAAACUCAAUAUCAUGCUCAGAACUUUUUAUUCUACGAAAUAUUAUCCAAAAAAAACAACAAAAAAACUAAUAUAUUUACACGGUUCCGUAUUUUAACCGAGAUCUCAUUUUUAUGCAAGUUUGUACCAGGUGACGCAUUCGUUGUAAUUCAACUUGCUUUGUUUGUAACGUCCAUAAUAUACUCGUAAAUACAUUAACAGAAUGGAG